GGUGAGUCGUAGAGCGCCUGUCUUUCUCCGCGUCUCCUCUGUGCUCUCACACUCACACUGAUAAAGCGAGAAGUUUCGUUGUCAGUUCAGCAGCAGGACCUGUGGGGGUAAAUGGCUCAGCGAAAGGUCGCCCUCGCACUUACAGGACUUUACGUCCUCAUUUGGCAAGUCUGGGCCAUGUUCGAGGUCAGCAUGGAGGACAGGAUAGAGGUGUUCAUGGGCGAUGUGGCAGAGAUCCCCUGCAUAUACAACAUUAGCGGAUCUGCCAGUUCACCGACAAUACAGUGGUUUGUAAGAUUAGCAAGUGACAAGACCAUGCGGAUCUACUACAAAGAUGACAGCCGGGUGAUUGAGGAUCUGGGCACAGGUUUCUCAGGGCGGAUCAAGGUUUCUCACUCUCAGGAAGGCAUGAUGGGAAAUUCUAUUCUGACCAUCAAUGCUGUACGAAUCACUGAUGCACAAGACUUCAUCUGCCAAGUGAAGAUGGAUGGAGGCAGUGAGGAGAGACACACUCAACUUAAAGUGUUCAAUACUCCAUCUCUCCCUUCCAUUGAAAAAGAACCUUAUGCCUCAGUCACAGAGUCUCUGAAAAAGAUUGCAUCCUGUGAGGUCAGUAGUGGAUACCCUGUCCCCAAUAUCACAUGGUACAAAGACAGAGCUCCGUUACACCCCUCAAAUGAUGUCAAAGUACAGAACAGGCUGACUAUGAAUUCCAAUGGCUUGUUCUCAGUACACAGUGACCUGUACCUCACAGUAGUAAAGGAAGACCAGGAUGCGUAUUUCUACUGCGAAGUCACCUACUUUGUUCCCGGGGCCGAGAAAAUGGUAGAGUCUAACCGGAUCAACAUCACAAUCCACUAUCCAUCGUCAGUAGUUACAGUGUUCCUGGAAUCCCCUGACCGGCUUGUUAAAGAAGGUGACGACGUAGAAAUAAGAUGUCAAGGAGAUGGGAACCCUCAGCCAAUCAAAACCUUCAUGCAUAACAAUGAACAAAUUGGUUCAGAUGCGGGCAGGCUGGUCCUGAGUAAUGUGACUCGACUAAAUAGUGGUGUAUAUGAAUGCAGCGGUCUGGAUGCAACAACUUAUGAAAACAUCAUAGGCAACAUGACCCUUAUGGUGCACUAUCUGGAUACUGUUGUGAUCACACCUGAGAAUCCAGAUAGCCUGGAUCAAGGACAGGAUCUGUCUCUGAACUGCAAUGCCCUUUCCUCUCUGGCAACACAUACAGUCUGGUACAAGGACAAUGUGCUGCUGGAUGAAGGCCAUGUGCUGACGUUACGCAACGCCUCCUUUGCCACAGCAGGGACAUAUGUUUGUGAAGUAAUGACAUCUGAGCUUCCUGAGUUAAAAAGGCGCAACACUGUGCAUGUCCGUGUAAGAGGAAAGCCGAUGAUCACAGAGGGGGUGGCCGUGAUUCCUCUGGAUACUGAAGAGGCCAUCAAUGUGAGCUGCCGUGCCACAGGACAUCCAACUCCCAACAUCCACUGGAGUCUCUCUGAUGAACAGGCUCAGCUGGGAAGAUGGGACACCAGGACAGAGAACAGUGUCCUCAGCAUUAUUUCCAUCAGCACCACUUCUGACAUCACAGCUUCCUGUACAGCCACCAAUGACCUGGGCACAGCCGAAACCUCUCGCCACAUUCAUGCCAUUCAAAUGAACCAAACAGCCACAACAACACCAACAACAAUACCAACAGCAACCACCACCACCACCACCACAACAACGACAACAACAACAAGCAAUACAACUGGUACGAUGGUGGCAGGAACAGCCAACCCGAAAAAAAUCAAAAAAGGGGGCAAUGGAUUCAUCAUUGCAAUCAUCAUCAUUUUCAUCUUACUGCUGGCCAUCCUGGGCAGUGUGCUGUACUUCAUGUACAAGAAGGGCAAGCUCCCGUGCGGGCGCUCAGGGAAGCAAGAUCUCACUAAGGAAAAGGCCAGUAGUGAUGACAUCGUUGUGGAGAUGAAGGGCAGCAAAUCUGAGGAGGCAGUGCUUCUACAGAGAGUCAAUGGUGAUAAAAAGACUUCCAUCGACCAGUGAGGCAAGGGAUAAGCAGAGAGGAUGGGCCGCUGGCAGUCUCCAUGUUACUACACUCUCUCAGCUCCCUCAGGAUGAGUCCCAGAACUUCCUCCUUACAGGACUGGCAUGUUUAAUCCUACCCUGUGAGCUGGAACACAAUCCUGCAUCAGGUCCACUGACUCAUUUCUGCCUCUACAAUGUUCAAAUUUGGUUUUCAGGGUUUUUUUUUUUCUCUUCUUUUCACCCCAAACAGGCCUCGUUGCGCAUUAGGAACAAUCUGCACUGUAUGUUCUACAUCCUGUAUAUAUGAAAUAAUGUACAUAUGUCGUUAUUUAAAAUAAUCGACAAAACCUGAAGUGUUCUUUGUGACCUGAAUGAAGUCCUUCUUGCGCUUGACUAAGAUUCGGGCAACAGACCUCGGCCGAAGGGUGCUCCGUUAAGUGUUCAAGUGCUCGCCGUUGUUUUGUCUGUUUAAAAUCGCUCUCACUGCUGCCUCACUGUAGUCUGUGCACUGAAACUCAGAGCUGCCUCUCACUACUGUGCCGAUCCAACACUGUAAACGCUUCACCUGCUGCCUCCGACAAUACUUCUUCACUGAGGGGGAAAAAAAAAAAAAAAAGAAUCUGAUCUAUCAAAAUUAUUAUUUUUUUAUCUAGUCUUUUUAAAAUAUGUACAAUGUUUAUGCUGAAAGAAAAACUCACACACUGAAAUCUGUAUAUGCUAUACACAUUAAUCUGACCCACUGAGAGGAAAGGUACUCUCACCGUCCACUUUAUUAAGAACAGCUGCUCAGUCAUGCAGUUCUCUAAUCAGCCAAUCAUGUGGCAGCAACACAAUGCAUACAAUCAUGCAGAUACAGGUCAAGAGCUUCAGUUAAUGUUCACACUAAACAUCAAAAUAAGGAAAACCUGUGAUCUCUGUGCCUUUAAUCGUGGCAUGGUUGUUGCUACCAGAAGGGCUGGUUUGAGGAUUUCAGAAACUGCUGAACUGGGAAUUUCUCACACACACGUCUCUGGAGUUUACACAGAAUGGUGCGAAAAACAAAAACCAUUGAGUGAGUGACAAUUCUGUGGGUGGAAAUGCCUUGUUGAUAAGAAAGGUCAGAGGAAAAUGGCCAGAUUUGUUUGAGCUGCCAGGAAUGAUAUAGAAAGUCAUGUAAUCUCUCUUCACAACUGUGCUGAGCAGAAAAGUAUUUCAGCAUGCACAAAACAUCUAACCUUGAGGUGGAUGGGCUACAACAGCAGACGAACACAUUGGGUUCCCCUUCUGUCAGCCAAGAACAAGAAUCUGAGUGUAUCAUGGGCUCAGGCUCACCCAAAAGAGAGUCUUCGACUGUCAAGUUUCAGCGAAUCAGCAGUUUCUGAAAUACUCAAACCAGCCUACCUGGCAGCAGCAACCAUUCUGAUGUUUGAUGUGAACAUUAACUGAAGCUCUUGACCCGUGUCUGCAAGAUUGUAUACAUUGUGUAUGAUUAACUGAUUGCAUAACUGCAUAAAAUGUACGGGUGUUCCUAUUAAAGUUGAUUGAGUGUAUAUGAAUUCAGUGUUUAAUUAAUGUCCUGAGGCCCUUACAAUUUCUUUCUGACAAUCAUAUGUUUGUAUAUUGCAUUAUGUAAAAAAAAAAAAAAAAAAAAAGAUGAAUUACAAUCUACUCCAGGUCUGCAGUGCAUUUAAGAAUCGCAACAAACACAGAUUGGUCAUUAUUACUCUCUCUCUUUUUUUUUUUUUUUUUUUUUUUUUUUAAAUAUAUAGCUUUUGUUUUUAUUUUAGUUUAAAAAAAAAAAAAACCUUAAAAAAAAAAAGGGCAUGACUAUGAUCAUUCAAGCACACCGUUCACACUUUAUUCUCUACCAAAGCAAAAGCAUAACCGAAGGCACAAUUAUUACAAAUACCAGUUGUUGUUUUUUUUUAAACAUAAGCUAGUCAGCUCCAUGUGCAAAAACUAGCACUAAGUGUCGCAUCUCGUUUUUGUGUACGUCACAGGUUCAUUCAUGCCUUAUUUCUGUAAAGAUAUUUGAUCCCCUCCUCCCCACUCCCCUUAAAGCUUGAUUAAAAACACUGUCCUUUCCCUUAAAAACUGUUUCCUUUCCAUUCAUUGAUCAUUUAAACAAAGACUGGGUGACAAGCUCUCUAGUGAAAUCUCUAGUAUAAAUAAAAGAAGAAAGGGAUUAUAAUUCAAAACAUAAGAUCAACUCCUGUAUUCUUUCAAAAUGGCUUUAAUAAUACAGAAAUUCAAAAUUUAUGAAGGUUUUCUGAAGGAGGGAUUUCUGGGUUGGAGUACAUCAACAUUAAUAAAUAUCAUUAGUCUUAGCAGCAAUGCUCGAUUUUUAACGAUAGUUUAGUUCAAACUAUUACAGAACAUUACUGUCUCUAAAUGUGUAUCUUUGUUGGCCCAACACUGUCUGUGUAUGUAUGCAUGUAUGUACGUACAUAUUAAAAUGUCUGUACUUAAUACAAUAUAUCCAAAUGUAUUUGGCUUUGACAUGAAGAAAAACAAACAAACAAAAAAACCUUAAAUGAACCAAUUUGUGCAACCAGUUUACACUAGCGAGUGGCUAAGAGACCAUGUUGCUAUUCGAACCUAAUCUAAAGGAGUGUUAACCUCUAAAAAGAUCCCCAUUUCUGAAACUCACACACUCGCAGACGCUGAAGAUCAUGGCACUCAAGGAGACGGCAGUUUGGAUCAGGAAUAUGACGAUCACUAAGGCGAAGAAAAUCUCAACAUGAGCUUUGCUCUCUCUCAUCCAGGGCUGAGAGG